ACGACUUCCUCCCUCUUAACCUUACACUCACCCACCGUAUAAUCCUCCUUUUACUUGCUCGACGCAACAUCAUGAAGGUCUCCUCAGCAGUUAUUCUCGCAGGCGCCGGCUUCGCCUCUGCUCAGUCCCUUUCGUCGCAGUGCCAGUCCACGCUCGCGAGCAUCGCUACGUCUUCCGAGGGCUCGUGCCUCAACCUCGCCGGCCUCAUCCCCCUCGCAACCGCCAACAGCUCCUCGACCUCCGUCAUCAGCCCCAUUAACUCGUGGCUCUCGGGCGUCUGCAGCGUCGGCGCGUGCUCCAACCAGACCCUCUCUGACGUCGUCACCAACGUCACCAGCGGUUGCUCGAGCGACCUCCAGGGUCUCGGCAUCAGCUCGUCCAACGCGCAGGAGAUUAUUCCCUAUGUCCAGGAGGCGUACCCUGUCGUCAGGCAGAUUGCUUGUCUCCAAGACACCACGACAUCGCAGAACUGCGUGACCGAGACGCUCUACGGCAUUCAAAACGCCACCACCACGCUCUCGCUCACCAACAUCGUCGGCCUCUUCAGCCAGCUCCAGGCUGGCCAGGUCCCCAAUAUCCCCAAGAACGUUACUUGCUCGGACUGCACGCACGCCGCGUACACGAUUGCUUCCCAGUCCGCACUCUCGUCGUACCUCUCCUCGGGCACAAACAGCUCCGUUGCGAGCUACUGCGGCGGUGACUUCACCAACGGCCAGACGCCCUCGGACGUGAAGGAGACUGCGAGCUCCGGCUCCAGCUCUGGCAGCUCCGGUUCCGCUGAUGCUAUCGGCGUCCCCGCCGGCGCCGCGUUCUUCGUCGCCCUCGGCUCGCUCUUUGCUAUGCUCUAAGCAAACGCCGAGCAUUUGAGGAUCCGCGGUCUGAUAUGACUUGAUUUGAUAUACCUAAAAUUGAUCAUCGAACUGGACUCGGAAGAGAGAUUUAAAUGCAAUGCGUAGUACUUAUAUAGUCUGGACAGUUUGCUUGACAGACGAUUGUGAAUGUUUGGCUGGAUGGUUGAUGUGUGCUUGCUUGCGAUAUACGUAGGGCGGGUUGCUCUAAUGGACUAUUAUCGUGUGUUGAUG